AUGCUCCAGCCGUGCGCGCGCGCAGCCCGGACCGCCCUCUUCCCCUCCCCGCCUCUGGCUCAACAGCAGGCGCGCCCGCUGCCGCCACCACCACCCCAGUCGCCGAUCCGCCGGCCACCAGCUCCAGACAGCCUGCAGCCCAAGAGAGAAGCAGCAGCUCAGCCGCCGGGCCGCCGACCCGGAAGUUCUUCUGCCGCCAAACGCGAGGCUGCGGAGGGGGGGGUGUGA